AUGGCCCCCUCUACUCUAAUCGACCAUUCUCCCUUUCAGCCAAUACCUGCCGUGAAACUAGCUUCCGCCAGCAAUCUCGUCCUCAUCGACAAUUAUGACUCUUUCACCUGGAACGUCUACCAGUAUCUGGUCUUGGAGGGUGCAACUGUCACGGUCUACCGAAACGAUAAAGUCACACUCGACGAAUUGAUUGCGAAGAAGCCGACACAGCUGGUCAUCAGUCCAGGCCCUGGCCACCCUGACACCGAUGCAGGGAUUAGCAAAGAUGCCAUCCAAUACUUCGCAGGCAAAAUCCCUAUAUUAGGCGUGUGCAUGGGUCAGCAGUGUAUCAUAUCCGUCUUUGGUGGCCAGGUAGAUGUUACAGGAGAGAUUCUGCACGGCAAGACCUCUCCACUGAGGCACGACGGCAAAGGGUGUUAUACAUCGUUGGAACAGGACCUGCCUGUCACCAGAUACCAUUCCCUGGCAGGAACUCAUCUGACCCUACCACCAUCGUUGGAAGUCUCCUCUUGGAUCGCCAAGGGCCCUGAUGGUGGUAGGGGAGUCAUUAUGGGAGUGCGGCACAAGGAAUACGUGAUUGAAGGUGUCCAGUUUCACCCGGAAAGCAUCCUAACUGAGAAUGGAAGACUCAUGUUCAAGAACUUCCUGGUCAUGUCGGGCGGCAAGUGGUCUGAUAACCUGCAUGUUGCCGGUGGCAGGAAACAAGCAUCUGUGGCCACAAAUGGCCAGCCUACAUCUAAGAAGGAAUCGAUUCUUGAUACUAUAUACGCUCAUCGACGGGAAUCUGUGGCAGCCCAAAAGCUGAUCCCUUCGCAGCGGCCUGAAGACCUUCAAGCUGCCUAUGAUAUCGGCCUUGCUCCCCCUCAAAUCUCAUUCCCAAAAAGACUUCGACAAUCGGCGUAUCCCUUGGCCUUGCUGGCGGAAAUCAAGCGAGCGUCACCUUCCAAGGGUAUCAUAUCUCUCAACACCUGUGCUCCAUCUCAGGCUCGAAAGUACGCAACUGCGGGGGCCAGUGUCAUAUCGGUUCUCACGGAGCCUGAAUGGUUCAAGGGAAGCCUCGAAGAUCUCAGAGCCGUUCGGCAGAGUCUGGAUUCUAUGCCAAAUCGACCUGCAGUUCUGCGGAAAGAAUUCAUCUUUGAGGAGUAUCAGAUCCUAGAGGCACGCCUGGCUGGGGCAGAUACGGUACUGCUCAUUGUGAAGAUGCUGGAUGUGGAGACUUUGACCCGCCUUUACCAUUACUCUCGCUCUCUUGGAAUGGAGCCGUUGGUCGAGGUCAACACUGCGGAGGAGAUGAGAAUUGCAGUCGACCUCGGCUCACAGGUCAUCGGUGUGAACAACCGCGAUCUUACAAACUUCGAAGUGGAUCUCGCGACAACCAGUCGAUUACUAGAUCUUGUCCCAGAAUCAACGAUCGUGUGCGCCUUGAGCGGGAUCUCUGGGCCUCAUGAUGUCCAAGCCUAUCGAAAGGACGGCGUGAAGGCCAUUUUAGUCGGCGAAGCUUUGAUGCGAGCAUCAAACACUGUUGACUUUAUCACUAAGCUUGUAGGAGAUGAUAACGUCAAACCAAAGAAAACGUCACAGCCUCAGUUGUUGGUCAAAAUCUGCGGCACAAGAACGGCAGAAGCUGCGAGAACGGCCAUUGAAGCUGGGGCGGACUUGGUGGGAAUCAUCCUCGUUCCUGGUCGAAAUCGGUUCGUUUCGGACGACGUUGCUCUGCAAAUAGCUGAAGUGGUCAGAUCGACGCCCAAACCUGCGAAAAAGAAGAUGUCGGGACCGCCCGACGUUGGCACGUCAAACUUUUUCGAGCAUUCGUCAAGGCUGCUAGUCCGGCCAGAUCGUGCACAGCUGGUCGGUGUUUUUCUUGAUGCUCCUCUCGAAUUCAUCAUUGAACAAAUCUACAAGCUCGGCCUCGAUGUUGUUCAACUUCACGGUUCUGAACCUAUCGAGUACGCCCGCAAUAUCCCAGUCCCCGUGUUGCGCAGAUUCUCUCCCUUGGAGCCAGGUAUUUCAAGCCGAGCAUUUCAUGCUUUGCCCCUCUUGGAUUCCGGUGCUGGAGGUGCAGGCCAACAAUUAAAUCUGGAUGAAGUAAAAUCGCUAUUUACUAGGGAUUCCGGUCUGAAGGUGAUAUUGGCAGGUGGUCUCGCACCAGACAACAUCAACGCAGUCCUGGAUGCUUUAGGUCCCUAUAAAAGCAACAUUGCUGGAGUCGAUGUUAGCAGCGGAGUCGAAUCAGACGGAAAGCAAGAUUUGUCCAAAAUAUCGGCGUUUGUCAAGGCCGUGAAGGGUUGA